GUGAGUUAAACCGCAGAUGGGACUCAUUUACGUGAAAAGAAUAGCACAAAAUAUCUAAAUAGUAAUACUGCCGGCUGCAGGCGACUUUCUCAUUGCCUGUUCCACAGGAAAUACAAUCCUAAUAUUUCCUUUCCCUGCCGUGUUUCUUAUUCAUUUACCUCGCAGGGCCUGACACUCCCUUAGUUUUCAAUUAUCGAACACCCAUUUUUCUCCUCAUCUGCUCCACCAUAUCAGGGCCUAGAAAUAGAUAUCAACCGAUUGGACUUUGCUUUAUUGCCUGACACGCCAUUCUUACGCUACGUACUCCUCCGAAGCCGUGUUUUGAUUCCUCCCCCUGAAUUUAUCCGCACCACUCCAAUAGCUCCAGCGACGCUAGCGAACGACAUUCAUAAUGGGUGUCCAAGUCUCCAAGAUCAUGGGAAAGAUCUUCGGGUCUAAAGAAAUGCGCCUUCUCAUGCUUGGCCUUGACGCUGCGGGGAAGACGACAAUCCUCUAUAAAUUAAAACUUAACCAAGACGUUACAACCAUCCCUACCGUCGGAUUCAACGUCGAGUCUGUUACCUAUAAGAAUGUCAAGUUCAACGUCUGGGAUGUUGGUGGACAGGACAAGAUUCGCCCUCUUUGGCGACAUUACUUUUCUGGCACCCAGGGUCUCAUUUUCGUUAUUGACUCGAACGAUCGUGCCCGCAUCGACGAAGCACGCCAGGAACUUCAUCGGAUCAUCUUGGAUCGAGAGAUGAAAGAGGCUUUGCUACUAGUUUUCGCAAAUAAGCAAGAUAUUCCAGGAGCUAUGACACCCCAGGAAGUCACUGACAAGCUCCAAUUGACCCAGCUGAAGGACAAAGUGUGGUUUGUUGUCCCAAGUUGUGCGACCACAGGCGAAGGACUGUUCGAAGGCUUGGGCUGGCUCUCCAACAACGUUAAGUCUCAACCACAAAAGCAAAUUAAAUAAACUCCAUCAGCUAAUGUCCACGGCCUCAUACCAACUCCUUGAACAUCUACCUCGUGCACCCGCCGCUGUACACCUGAUACUUUUCAGUAUGCCUAGGGCAUUAUUUCUCUACCAGUGCUCGGCCCGAACCUUUUUCUCCGUCUACUUCUCUACCUUCCUUCUGUCAUGAGUCAACGCAGCAUUGACCACUUUUGUCUUUUCUUACUGUUCAUUUUCGUUUUUCUAUUUGCGAUCCUCGUCACAUGAUAUUUCCACCGUAUGCAUUUAUUUUGUGUUUUCCUUGUUCACCCCGAAAUUAUUUUCCUUAUGAUAUCCCCUUUGUUACUUUCAUUUCUUUGUAUGGGGUUCCCGUAUGAUAUUUUCCACCCAAUAUAUGGUUUUGUAAUAUUCAUUUUCACUGAUAAUUAGACCAUGGACGCUUAACAGAGCAUAUGGAAGAUUUUUCAACCAUGCGUGAAACACAUCCAGUAAGCUACAUUAUAUCAAUCCAAUGUCAGUCGAUCGAAAUUUCCGUU